AUGCUGGACAAGACCCCGCUUUCCAUCGCCGUUGCCGAGGCCUCAUUUCAUAUCAUCCAGUUACUCUUCGAUCAUGGUGGCUCAGCCAACCACGGGCAACUGCUGCACUAUGCUGCGCGGCGGGUUCUACCUGAUCGGCUUAGGGUGCUAGAUUUCGUCUUGGAGGAAGUCAACUUGCACAAGGGACCUUUCAUCAAUGACAUCAUGUAUAAGGAUCGGCCGUACUGUUAUGGUUUACAAGAAUGUAUUGGCAUAGGGACACCUCUGCAUGAGGCGGCGUCGUUGGGGAAGCUUGACAUGGUUGAGGCGCUGGUAGCAAGGGGAGCAGAUCCCUGCAUUUUAAAUUCUAAAGGGGAUCUCGCCAUCGAGCAAGCGCGAUGGUAUGGUCACAGGGAAGUGGUUGAAUAUCUGCUGCCACUGUCGCGUUCUUCCCCAAACUUCGUAUUUCAAGCGGGAAGUACUGGUUGA